AUGUACUCAAUCAGAAGCUUGCCCACUGUCGCUCAGCGGGAGCAACGUGAGGAAGAUGGAGUGGAAGAUAUGACACAGCUAGAGGAGAUGCAUGAAGAGGCUGUUCUGCUGAACCUGAGGAGAAGGUUUGAAAGGGAGAUUAUUUAUACAUACAUAGGUAGUAUUCUGGUUUCUGUGAACCCAUAUAAGAUGUAUAACAUCUAUGGGACAGACAUGGUGCUGAUGUACAAGGGUCAUGCUCUGGGAGAGCACCCUCCGCAUUUGUUUGCCAUAGCAAAUGCUGCUUAUUCCAAAAUGAUGGAUGCCAAACACAACCAGGUCAUAAUAAUCAGUGGAGAGAGCGGGUCUGGGAAAACAGAGGCCACCAAACUAGUCCUUCGCUAUCUAGCAGCAAUACAUCACAAAUGCAAUCUUGCGCAACAGAUUGAGAUACUUGAGGCAGCUCCUCUGCUGGAAUCUUUUGGAAAUGCCAAAACUGUACGGAAUGAUAAUUCCAGUCGCUUCGGGAAAUACAUUGAAGUCUUUCUGGAGGAUGGUGUGAUUAGCGGUGCCAUAACCUCUCAGUACCUGUUGGAAAAGUCCCGCAUUGUCUUCCAGGCCAAAGAUGAGAGGAACUAUCAUAUCUUCUACGAGAUGCUGGCAGGUCUCCCCUCGCAGCAAAGGCAGGCUUUCUAUCUACAAGAGGCAGAGACGUACUAUUACCUCAACCAAGGAGGGGAUUGUGGGAUAACAGGAAAGAAUGAUGCAGAGGACUUCCUGCGUCUUCGUGCUGCCAUGGAGAUCCUCCACUUCACCCCUGAUGACCAGUCAGCCAUCUUUAGAGUUCUGUCUUCCAUACUGCACCUGGGCAAUGUCUACUUUCAGAGAUAUGAGACUGAUGGCCAGGAGGUGGCGUCAGUGGUUAGCGCUCAGGAGAUCAGAGUGGUGGCAGAGCUGCUGCAGAUCUCUCCAGAGGGACUACAGAAAGCCAUCACCUACAAAGUCAUGGAGACAAUGAAGGACAAGAUCUACACUCCAUUGACUGUGGAAAGUGCUGUAGAUGCCAGAGAUGCUGUUGCCAAGAUCCUGUACUCACUGCUCUUCCACUGGUUAACAGAGAGGAUCAAUGCUCAGGUGUACCCUCGCCAACACACUCUCUCCAUCUCCAUCCUGGACAUUUACGGAUUUGAGGAUCUGGCCUUCAACAGCUUUGAGCAGCUUUGCAUUAAUUAUGCAAACGAAUACCUGCAGUUCUUCUUCAACAGGAUCGUAUUCAGGGAAGAACAGGAGGAGUACAGCAGGGAACAGAUUUCCUGGCAGGACAUCCCAUUCAGUGACAACCAGCCCUGCAUCGACCUCAUCGCCGCUAAGCCUCAUGGGAUACUGAGGAUUCUGGAUGACCAGAGCUGUUUCCCACAGGCGACGGACCACACUUUUCUCCAAAAGUGUCACUAUCACCAUGGCAACAACCCAUUGUAUCUGAAGCCAAAGAUGCCCCUCCCAGAGUUCACCAUCAAGCACUUUGCUGGCAGGGUCACCUAUCAGGUUUACAAGUUCCUUGAUAAAAACUACGACCAGGUCCGACAGGAUGUCCUGGACCUGUUCAUUCAGAGCAAGAACAAGAUGGUGUCAAACCUCUUCAUGGUUCAUGCAGAGGUCAUGGGUCAGCAGAGAGGAGGUCACAUGAGGAAGAGCAGCACAGUCACCCGAAAAUACCAAGCUCCCACCGUCAGCAACAAGUUCCAACAGUCUCUGCUCGAGCUAGUGGAGAAGAUGGAGAGGUGCAACCCUUUUUUUGUUCGCUGCAUUAAGCCAAAUAAUAUGAAGCAACCAGGUGUGUUUGAGGACGACCUGGUCAGCAGCCAGCUGCGACACUCUGGUGUCCUAGAGACCAUCAGGAUCCGCAGAGAGGGAUAUCCUGUCAGAAUGCCAUUCUACGUCUUCCUGUUCAGAUAUAAGUCCUUAGUGGGGAUUCGAGAGCUUCCAGCUGCAAAUGGAGAGAACUGUGUGAUAAUGCUCAGUAAACUGUGCCCUCUCACUCCAGGAGCCUACCACGUUGGAGUUACAAAGUUGUUUCUGAAGGAGGACAUCUACCAGCUGCUGGAGUGUAAACGGGAGCGCUGCCGCGAUCUUGCCGCUCUCACCCUGCAGCGUCACACCCGCAUGUUCUUCGUCAGGAAACGUUUUGUUGCCUUUCGUAAAAAGAUCAUAGGGCUGCAGGCUCAGUGCCGAGGUUUCCUCACAAGGAAGCGCUACGUGAAAAUGAGGGAGAGUCUGGUGCGGUUCCGCUCCCUCGUCCACAUGUAUGUCAGCCGCAAGCGAUACAUCAAGAUGAAGUUUGAAGCUCGAAGGAAAUCUGAGGAGGACAGAAGGAGGAGAGAGAUGGAGCUGACCAAGAGGGAGGUGGUGAAUGUCACCCACUUAGUGAUCCCUGCAGAGCUGGGUGCUUUAUUGCAGGCAGCAGGAGUCAGGAGGGAGCUGCACUCAGACUGCUUGGCUCUGCUUCAGGCUCCACAUAUCCAGGAAUCCUCCUCAUAUCAACUCACUCUACCUCUGGACAUCAACAAUUACCCAUUCUACCGCUUUGUACAGAUCUACUUCAGGGAACCAAAGUUUGGGAUGUUGAUGGCCCCUCUGGAGUCACCUCUGACCCGCGUAGAAGAGGACCUAAGAGAGGAGGCCGUGGAGCUUUUCAUCAUGGUACUACGAUUCAUGGGGGACCCUCACUUGAACGGAGCGCAGGAAAACAUGUUUGGGAAUUACAUCAUCCAAAGGGGCUUGUUGUCUCCAGGGAUACGGGAUGAAAUCCUGGCUCAGGUUGUCAACCAGGUGUGGAGGAACGUGAACACUGACAAUGCUGAGAGAGGCUGGCUGCUGCUGCUGGCUUGUGUCUGCAGCUUUGCCCCAUCGCCCAAAAUGGACAAAUAUCUGCUGAAAUUUGUAUCUGACCACGCCCCCGCCGGUUGCCAAGCGCUGCUGCAGCACAGACUCAUCCAAGCCAAUCAGAAGAUGCAGAUAGGUUCAGGCUCCGCCCCUGAGACUGCACGCACCUAUCCGCUGUCACUGCUGGAGUGGACAGUCAGCAGGAAAAAAGCUAACAUGGUGUUGCAUGUGCACUGUUUUGAUGGAGGAUCAUUCCUGUGUCCGGUCCAUUCAUGGACCAGUGGAGAGGAUUUAGCAGGAGACGUUCUGCGACACAGGGGAGUGUCUGACUGGUGGAGGGGGAGUUCAGUUCUGAUGAAGGAGCACGGCCAGUGGGUGGAGUUAGCAGGUCAUGACUAUGUGAUGGACCUGAUAGCAGACCUGGAGCUUCCGACUGACUUCCCAAAGCAGAAGAGCUACUUCAUCAUCAGCACCAACAAUCCUUCUAAAGUCCGAGCUAAUGCCAGCCUUGCUUUGUUUGGCAGUGGCUUUGACUCAGAUGAGGAGAUUCCUCCUGCCUUUCUUCUCAGCAGCGGCAGCAGACCAGCCUACAGUGUGCCUGACUCUGACGGUUACUACAGCCAUGUAGAGUCAGAUGCGUUCAGUGACGGUCAGACUCAGAGGGGAAUGGACCGCUACCUGGACAGUCUUUUUGAUCCUGUGUUGUCAGACAGCAGCAUAGAUAUGGAAAAGACUGGAAGUUUGUCAGCAAGAAUGAAGGGAGGAGGAGGUAUAGGUAUCACAGGAGGAGGAGGAGGAGAGGGGGAGAGUCAUUUGGCUCCCAGUCGGCCUUAUCCACCAGGAAUACACCCCGGAGGAUCGGAGCAGGCAGUACUGACUCAACAGCAACAGGCCAUCAUCCACCAGCAAGCUAUCAUUCUGGCCCAGCAGAUGACCAUGCAAGCUAUGGCAAUCCAGCAGCAAAUGUUGUCCUCCUUUCCCCCCGUUGCCCCAGCCCCCCAGUCCCCACCUUCACAGCAUCACUCAGAGCCGCGUUCCCACACACCCAGCCCUAGCAAAGAGAGAGAAGAUUCACCAUACAAGCCCGGUCCUGCUGCUGUUCAGCGAAAAAUGAGUCCAACGCGUGGCCCCCCUCCUGAGGACACGGUCCGAUCCACUGUGAAUAACACCGAACGAAUGGAGCCCAGUCACGACAUCAAAGACAUCAUCAAACAGCACCAGCCUGCUGGCACGACGACUUCCACUGGACAUGCAAUACAAAAGAAAGAUGAUGGAAAGAUGUUUGCCAAGAAGUCAGACCCUCAUGAUGAAGCCAUGGAGAUACUUAAAGACCAGAUGGCAAACCCGAGUCUAAGGAAAAAGACAUCUUCAUCCUCCCAACCAAAAGAAGCGGCAGUAAUUAAGGUUAGCAAGAAGACCAAGACUCGGUCUGUGGGGCCAACCAGCUCCAACAUGAGCCCCGCCCCUCCUCCAGUUUCUCGAGAGUUACCAGUAGAGGAGGAGAUCAUACAGACUCAACUCCACAGCAGGACUAGUGAUGAAUAUUUCACCUACACCAAUGUGCCCUGGAAACUCUACAUGAGGAAAGAGGUGUUUUAUCCUAGGGAGACCUUCAACAAUCCCAUGAUUCUGGACCUGAUCUUCAGACAGGUUGUACAUGAUACUUUCUCUGAGGCCUGCAUCCGUAUCACUCAGGAGGAGAGACAGAAUAUGAAAGCUCUGUUUGCAGAGAACAAAGUGGAUCAGGUAUCAGGAACUCAUGAUGAGAAUGUGAAGAAGAAAGUGGUCGCCAUGGCAAGAGACUCGUGGGAGAUCUACUUCUCCCGCCUCUUUCCAGCCUCUGGCAGUGUGGGGACAGGAGUUCAAGUGCUGUCUGUGUCUCAUAAAGGCAUCAAGCUGCUGAAGAUGGUGAAGAGCAGCUCCGCUACUCCAGAUUACUUCAGGGUGCUGAGGCCUUACAGCUACUCGGACAUCCUGUUUGUGUCGAUUCCAUCCAAGAACAUGCUAGAGUUCAACCUGAUCAACGAGAAGCUGAUCCUGUUCUCCGCCAAGGCCCCGCAGGUCAAGCACAUGAUCGACUACUUCCUCACAGAGCUCAAGAAGGACUCAGAGUACGUGGUGGCAGUGAGGAACUACAUUACUGAGGACAGGACUCUGCUCAGCUUCCAUAAAGGAGACAUCAUUAGACUUCAGCACAUGGAUGGGCUGGAGGCGGGCAAAUAUUAUGGCUGCAUAGUGAAGAAGAAGGUCAUGCUUCUGGAAGAGCUAAAGAGAGACACUCCUGAGUUUGGCUGGCGGUUUGGGGCUGUGUAUGGAAAGUCAGGAGUGUUUCCCUCUGAGUACGUCCGACCUGUGGCAGCUCCAGACUUCCUGGUUCUCCCUGCUGAGCGGCUGGAGCCUCGCGACAGACAGGGACGGGUUGCCGCCUCAGCUGCUGUUGCCGUUGCGAUGGGCUCAGCCAUAGCUGCCCACGAGCUUGAUCUUUCCACAGAGGUGGUGAAUGAGAUCGGCGAAAUGGACGAUCUGCCUCUGCACGGCAGCCAGUACGAUAUGGUUGAGUUUACCAAGAAGUACUUCAGAGAGGCACAAAGGAACAAGAGUGAUCAGAAAGCCAAAAAGGGGAAAGAGGCCAGAGACCCUGUUGACAUGGUCAAAUUCUCCAAGUCUCCAAUCCAGGAGUCUCUUAUUGACUUCUCAGACAGUGGGAUGAACAGAGUGGCUGCUGACAUCUUCUUAGCUAUAAUGAAGUUCAUGGGAGACUUCCCACUGAAAGGUCUGAGUGAGCAGGACCUCGUCACCACGAUACUGAAGUUGAGUGCUGAUCAUGGUCUGAUGAAGGAUGAAGCCUUUUGCCAGGUGAUGAAGCAAGUCACUGCCAACACUAGCUCCAAACCGGACAGCUGUCAGAGAGGAUGGAGGCUGCUGUACAUCCUGACAGCUUUCCAUCGUUGCUCUGAUGUGAUGAAGCCAUUCCUGUUGAAGUUUCUGCAGGAUGCCUGUGCCAGCACCGGGGUGCAGUACCAAGGUAUUGCAAAGGCAUGUGAGCAGAAUCUGAGGAGGACUUUUCAAUAUGGCGGGCGUGUACAGUAUCCAAACAGCAUGGAACUGAAAGCUAUGCUGGCUGGGCGGAGCUCCAAGAGACAACUGUUCCUGCUGCCAGGUGGGAUCGAAAGGCACUUGAAAAUCAAGACGUGCUCUGUUGCAUUGGAUGUCAUUGAGGAGCUUUGCUAUGAGAUGGGCCUUCACAGGGUGGAGGCUUUGGAUGAAUAUGCCAUCUUUUUGGUCACACACAGAGGUCAGAAUGUGCGCCCCCUCAACAAGCGUGAAUACAUCCUGGACAUUGCUACAGAGGCAGAGCCAGUGGACGCCAACUACAGUCUGUGGUUCAGAAGAGUCAUAUGGAGUCUGGCUCUCAAACUUGACAAUGAACUAUACGUCACCAUGCACUAUAACCAGGUGUUACCUGACUAUCUUAAAGCCUUGCUGAGUGUGGUUCCUCAGGGUAAGGCCAGUGAACAGCAUCUGCAGCAGAUCGCCAGAUUGGCUGCCCUACAGCACCGUGCCAAGGACACCAUCUACCUGCCCACCAUCCGUGAGUUGCAGGAGUGUGUCCCCUCACAGUUCUACAGCAAACAGGGCCCACAGCAAUGGCUGAAUAUGACAACUCAACACAUGCAGCAGGUCCAGCCUUUAAACCCAAACCAGGCCCGUGCACAGUUCCUUGGUCUGGUCAGUGCCUUCCCCAUGUUCGGCUCCUCCUUUUUCUACAUCCAGAGUUCUAGCUCAGCCUCCAUCCACGCCCCGUGCAUCCUGGCAGUAAAUCUGAAUGGGCUGCACUUUCUUCACAAGGAUACUCAUGAGGCCAUGGUGCGUUUCCCUCUGAAGGAGGUCCAGUCAACUCGCACCCAGAGACCGACUUCAGGCUCCAGUUACCCGUACGUGGAGAUCAUGAUAGGAGACCUGCUCAACCAGCGCAUCACACAGCUUCAACUUGAGCAGGGUUUGGAGCUGUGCCGAGUCAUUGCCAUGCACAUGGAGAACAUGCUGUCUGUCAGAGAAAAGAGACUCACUUUGCCACCAAGUGAAAUCACCCUGCUGUAA